GCUACUACAUAUGGUCUGCUUACGUGGCAAUAAUGACCAUCUCUUUCAACCCCUCAGCUGCAGCUUAAAUGGAGUAAGGUCAAAGAAUCAGAGUAAGAAAUACAUGGCACAAGACAAGACAGAACAGAUCCAGAGUUUAAACGGUCUCAUACCAUCACAGAUGAAAAGCGAGGAGAUCUUCAACGAACUAUUCAACACCUUUCUAGGAGAGGAAUCUAUAGAAGAGUGUCUGAAGAAAGCUGAAUGGCUGACAAGCACCCUAGAGGAUCUCCCCACUCAACUCCCUAAAACCAGUCCCACGGUAAAAAGAUCGCCUACUGGUCCGGGAAUAAAGCGGAAGAUAAUGGUGAAAUCAGAACCUGUCGACUACAACAACUACACUUUUGAUGUCGGCGAAGAGAGGUUGAAGCAGGAAAGCAAGCGACCAGCACUGCAGAGCCCACACGACAUGCUAAAAACACAACAAGAACUACAGACAGACAUACUCCGCAAGUGGAAACAAGAUCCGGGGUCUCAGAGCUAUGAGAUGUCCGCUCUCGACUGUCUUGGUUUGAGCGAGGACAAGGCUAUCAAAAAGGCGAGGAGAAAGAUAAAAAACAAGAUAUCAGCUCAAGAGAGUCGGAGGAAGAAGAAGGAAUAUGUGGAGGGCUUAGAACGGAGAGUUUCCAUCUUCUCUUCUGUUAACGAGGAUCUGAAGGAGCGUCUUUCGGAGUUGGAGAGUAUAAACAGGGAGAUGCAAGAGAAGAUUGUUAUGUUGACUAGAAGUAGUAACAGUCUCGUAGGGAUCAGUGUGCAGACUCAAACUGAUUUACCAGAGAUUUGAGGGAAUUAGGGGGAGUACCGUCAGUCAGAGUGAAGACUCAGACUGAUUUACCUAGAUUUGAGGGAGAAUCUUCAAUCAGCGAGAAGACUCAGACUGAAGACGCAAAGAUUUGAGGGAAUUAGGGGAGCACUUUCGGUCAGCGAGAAGACUCAGACUGAAGACGCAAAGAUUUGAGGGAAUUAGGGGAGAACUUUCAGUCAGAUUGAAGACUCAGACUGAUUUCCCCGAGAUAUAAGAGAGACAGGGGCAGAACCUUUAACAGAUUCAGAUUCUUAGAUCAACUGCUUGACAGCUUAACAUGGGGAUGGUGAUUGGAUCAGAUUCCAAAGUGCUUGAAUUUCGACUGUGUGAAGGACUGUGUUUACCAACAAGAUCCAUAAAAUAGGUAAACGUAAGAUUUAAUUUGCUAUUUUCAUUGAAUGUUUUAUUUGUAUAGAAAACAUAUUUGUAAUUUCAAAAUAGAUAGUCUACCACACAAUUGAUUUUACCUCAUUAUUUAAUUUCAUUAAUCUAAAUUGAAUUUACAUACUCGGAAACCAUGUUUUAAUUUUCAGAA